AUGUUCCAAAGCCCUGAUAAUCCAACACCAAAAACACUCGAGAAACCUGUCCUCCCUGAUAACUACGACUCCCUUGGCCCAGAUGAACUCCACAGACGCAGAGUGCUAUUUUAUCUUUACAUGCUGUUUGAUAGUGGCUUAAACGAACGGCACCUGUCAGGAAUGAGAGACCCUCAUGUUCUCCUAACACAACACCUGGGUGGCGCAAACCAUAUACUGGUUGAGAAGUCUGACAUGGUUGUCCAGCAGAUUUAUGCCUUCAAAAUUGACCACAAGCGGAAAUCGGACAGGAUGAGGUUUACCAUAUCUUCUCGUCCACGCGGAUUCCUUUUAUCCUAUAGAAACCAGAUAGUCCUUCGGAGAUUUCCCUAG